ACUUGAUAACUCACGCAUUUCAUUUAUUUAUUUUUCUGCGAUAAAACGGAGAAAAGAAAAAAGAAAAAUGUAAGUGGAAGAAGAGAAAGUGGCAUCGCUUAGGUACAGAUACAGACACAACCUGGUAAAAAUCCCGACCCCAGUGCCGCACAAUUUUCCUUCACUCGCAGCGGAGAUUUAGGAGUGUGGUCUUCCUGUCUUGGAAGUGCUGCUUGAAAGAGGACCUUGGUCAUAUGGUUGCUUGUCAUCAUUAUUUGUGUGGUAUUUAUCCAUGCAUUAUGUGGUCAGAACAUAAUAAUCAAAUAAGGAUUCUUUCUACCCACUCAUCUCACCUCUCUUUUUGUUUUCCCCUGGUUUACUUUUGAUCUAGUACCUGCUAUCCCUAUGUAUAAGCAUGGACUUCUAGCAUACUAUUGUUUGAUUAACCAAGUUCUUCCAUAUUGGUUGAGGAAGCCUCGAGUCAAUAUUUAGUUUUUGCUGCCAUCUGUGGGUUUCUGAUGGAUGAUGCCGGGCAUCGUGAAAAUGGAAGGCACAAAGCAGCAGAUCAAUAUAAAUCUGCUCAGGGACAGUGGUUGAUGCAACAUCAGCCUUCCAUGAAGCAGAUUAUGGCAAUUAUGGCUGAAAGAGAUGCAGCCAUUCAAGAAAGAAAUCUGGCCAUUUCCGAGAAAAAAGCAGCAUAUGCUGAGCGCGAUAUGGCAUUCAUGCAGCGAGAUGCUGCAAUUGCUGAACGUAAUAAUGCAAUUUUGGAACGAGAUAAUGCAAUUGCAACUCUUCAGUAUCGCGAAACCUCUUUAAGUAGUGGCAGUAUGCCAUCAUGCCCUCCAGGAUGCCAAAUUUCACGUGGUGUGAAGCAUAUACAUCAUCCCCAGCAACAGGUACACCAUAUACCUAACAUGGGUGAUGCCUCUUACAGCACACGGGAAAUGCACACAACCGAUGCCCUCCCUGCAGCCCCCAUCCCUUCUGAGGCCGGGAAACCGAGGCGGGCCAAGCGACCAAAGGAACCAAAGUCAGCUUCACCUAAUAAGAAGACUUCCAAACCAGCAAAAAAAGUCAAGAAGGAGAGCGAAGACUUGAACAAGGUUAUGUUUGGCAAGUCACAUGAGUGGAAGAGUGGUCAGGAAAUGGUCAAUGGAGGUGAUGAUCUUAACAAGCAGUUAACUGUGUCAAAGGCUGAUUGGAAAGGACAGGACUUGGGGUUAAACCAAGUGGCGUAUGACGACUCAACCAUGCCAGCUCCUGUGUGCUCUUGUACUGGUGUCCUGAGGCAGUGUUACAAAUGGGGUAAUGGGGGUUGGCAGUCUGCCUGUUGCACAACUACUCUGUCAAUGUAUCCACUUCCUGCAGUGCCCAACAAGAGACAUGCCCGGGUAGGUGGUCGGAAGAUGAGUGGGAGUGCUUUCAACAAGCUGCUUAGUCGCCUUGCAGCAGAAGGUCAUGAUCUGUCAAACCCUGUUGACCUCAAGGACCAUUGGGCAAAACAUGGAACGAACCGUUACAUCACAAUAAAGUAGAGGAUGAGAAAUUGUUUGUGGGGCAGCAUUACAUGAAUAGAAACAGCUUUUAGCGAUCAAUUAUGGAUUCUCAAGUCGAAUGAGAAAAAUAAUGUAAGUGUAAAGGUCAUCUGGGAAAGCUAAUGAUUAGAGUAUGUCCUUGCUAUAUUUAGGAUGCAUAAGCCUGGUGUUAAAGUCAUCCUCGUUCGUCAUUUGUACGCACUUAAUUUUCUUAGAUGGUCUGAUGGCGCCAAUGGCAUGUAUAAAAAGUCUGCAUGAUGGGAUGGAUAAAUAACUGUUAGAUAGUCUUGUUUAAUGCAUGUAGUCCUUAAACCUGAAUAAUUGUAGACUCGUGUCCUCAGUCAUCCUGGAACCUCUCUGCGUUAAUAUGUAAAAUCAACUAUGUAUGUUAAUUUUUUCCUUGUUUCAUGUUUGUUUUUCCUCCA